GUAGAGACUUUGGAAACAAUGGACGCUAGUUUAUAAAAAUUUUUAUCAAAAAAUAUGUCAAUUUAAUUUGUAUCAAGAAGUAUCAAGGAGAUCAGCGAUAUAUCGAUUAAUACGAUUUAUCGCUUCUACGCGGCAAACGCAGAUGCAAGAGGGAUUUUAGUUUGACGUGGAAUUGACUGACAGGUGACAGCGCGAUUAAAAUAAUCGAAUGAUGGGAGGCAGCAGCUGUCAUGAGCGUCGUUGGGUACAGCGAUAAGCAUCCGCUGUUGACAUUGCGCGAUUCUAAAAACGAUAAUUCCAGAAACGAGAACGUGUCAAACAGCGAAAGUAUUGGCAACACCAGCUUCGAGGAGCGAGCCUGUAAGACCGCUUCUCAAAAUCGGAAAUACGUCGACCCGGACGACAUCUCGGACGUCUUACCGCUUGCAAACGACAGAAUAGGUGUCGCCAAGCAUGAUUUCGAACGAUAUCAUCGGAAGAUCGUCACGGAUAAGAGCGACAACACAGACGCAUUACGCGAGGGAAAUAAUUCGGAGCGGCGCAAGGAGAAUAUGGAAGAUACGUCGAAGGCCAGGAAGAAGAGAAAGCCGAGAUUUUUAACAAUCUGCACGGCGAACUGCAAGUACGACAUAGUUAGACGUGUGGCCGCGCGAUUUGGAAUGCGGGAAGUCACGGAGGACAGCAACUGGGAUCUCUACUGGACUGACCUAAGCAUCAGCGUAGAGCGUGCUAAAGAUAUGAAGAGGUAUCAGAAAAUCAAUCACUUCCCCGGAAUGACGGAAAUUUGCAGGAAGGAUCUGCUCGCUCGUAAUCUGAAUCGCAUGCAGAAGCUGUUCCCGAAGGACUACAACUUCUUCCCGAAAACCUGGUGCUUUCCCGUAGAUUACAACGACGCGAUUGGUUAUUCCAAAGCACGGAAGACAAGAACCUUCAUUAUCAAACCGGACUACGGCUGCCAAGGGCGCGGCAUUUAUUUAACAAAAAAUUUAAAGGACAUCAGUUUGAGCGAACGUUUAAUCUGUCAAGUGUAUAUUGCAAGGCCCUUCUUAAUAGACGGAUACAAAUUUGAUCUACGUAUUUACGCACUAAUUACGUCAUGCGACCCUCUCAGGAUCUAUGUGUAUAACGAAGGGCUCGCGAGAUUUGCGACGAGCAAAUACAAGGAACCAGCGGGUUACAACAUUUCCAACAUGUACAUGCACUUGACAAAUUAUUCUAUUAACAAGCACAGCCGAAUGUACGUCAUCGACGACGAGAUUGGUAGCAAGAGAAAAAUAUCAACGUUGAACAAAUGGUUAAGAGUGAGAAACAUCGAUGUGAAUGAAUUGUGGAGCAAGAUCGACGAAAUUAUAAUUAAAACUGUGAUCGCCGCGUAUCCUAUAUUAAAGCAUAGUUAUCACGCAUGCUUCUCGAUGCAUAAGAGCUGCGGGUGCUUCGAACUAUUGGGAUUUGACAUUCUGCUUGACUGGAAGCUCAAGCCUUACCUUCUCGAGGUAAAUCACUCGCCAAGCUUUCAUACAGAUACACAGAUAGAUAGAGAUGUAAAGGAAGGAUUGCUAAUGGACACCUUCGAUAUAUUAAAUCUACAACAAUACGACAAGAAGAAAAUAAUAGAGGAAGACAAGAAGCGAAUCAGGGAGCGACUUCUUCAAGGUUUAAGUGGAAAGGAUUUUAGUCAAAUUAACGACAUGACAGCUUUGAUGAAAUCCGAGGGAAACGAGAACAAUUAUAUGGAAAGGCAGUUUCAGUGGGAAGACGACCACAUCGGCAAUUUCCGAAGAAUUUAUCCAUGCUUUGAAGAGGAUAAAUAUCAGUCUUUCUUCACGCAGAACACCCUUUCUGUUUUCCAAGAUACAGUGGCAUCAAAAGCGCGAGAAGAAGCGUCGAGAAUAGAGAGAGAAGGAAAUGAGUUAAAAGCAAGGAAAGAAGAACGCAAACGAAUAGUUGGGAAAUGCAGCGAGCAAAAACUAGGCUCUGAAAGUUCAAACACGUCAAAGAAAUCUCAAGAGAGGAGCAAAUCCACAGGCAUGCAACGGAAAAACAUCAAUAAGCAGGAUGCACAGGGAUCUUCUACCAACGCCCUAUACUCCUUCGAGCCUGAAAUCAUAUCGGAGUCUGAGGAGAGGGAACGAAUAGUGGCUCUGGCGCAGAGAGAUUUUCUCAUCAAGAGCUACGGCAUGCUCGAGCAGAUAUACGUGGCAAUGAAGAGAAACGGCAUGUUACGACCCGCCGACGAGAGAAAGUACAGAUUGUAUGGCAGGCUGGGAUUACAUGCGAAUACGAACCACGAUACAUGUUCCUCCUCGCACAAACCCCAUCAUCGUCAAAACGGCCAUCUGGACGCUACGCAACCAGCUGUGAACCAAUGCUCGCGAUGUUCUUUGAGAAAAAAUGGAGUAAUUAUAUUUUCAAGCAACCAGGACACUAUUUAUCUUAGAAAAUUAAACCCAGAUACAAACGAGAUUUUGCUAAAAAAAUUCUUCAGCUCUUUCCAGCUUUCAAAAAUUUUUACAUUUAAAGAGACAGAAGCAUACUCUCUUCUAUCACUUCUUGCAUUUAAAGGGAGAGAAGAGAGAAUGCAAUUAAUAAUAAAUAAUUCGAUAAAAACGAUUUUUUAGCAUAAAUUGGCAAACUGUCGGCGUGCAUCCAAGAAUUUAAACAGAUGCUUGUUGGUAACGUGCAAUGAGGCGCUUGUUUACGUUCGUCCAAACAUACCGCAAAAACUGUGGCCAGAAGAAAUGAAUUCUAAUAGUCAGAUGGGACGCGUAACGAAAACACACGUCGCUAGAACAUUAUCGAAUACUGUGCGGCUGCACACGCUCGAGAGAAGAGAAUCUUCUUAUUCGACGAAAUCUAAAGUUGACAGCGUCACUCAACACUAAAGAUGAAAUAGCUCUCUGCCUAGGAUGAGAAAAAGCGAAGAAACAUAAAAGAAAUUAUUUUUUCGUAAGACAUAAAAGCAGUUAAUAUGAAAUUAAUCAAGAAAAAAUUUAAACGUUAUUACAAAAGCCUUGCGAUGUCGUGCUAAUAACGUUGCUGAUACCAAACACAAAUUAGUAAAAAAUUAGUAAUAAUAAGAUUCUUAAUAUUGAAAAAUACAAUUUCACAUUAAAUAUAUGUACACAUUCCUAUAAAAUAAUUGCUCAGUCGUAUUAGAAAUAUUUAAUUAAGUAAAUUCCUAUUUCGGUAUAAGAACUCGCGAAUCGAGAAGAAAUCAAAUGAGCCUUAUCCAACAUCCGGAUGUUCAACGAAUCUCGGGACACGUCUCGAUGCGUGAGCGGAUGCUGUUUCAAGGUAGAGAACAGUAAUAUAUAAAAAUCAACAAUGUAUCGACUUGUUAUUUAAAGUGCCAUAUAAAUAUGUACAAUAGAUAUAUAAGUGAACAUGUACACGUCACAUAAGAAUUGGUGGGAAUUAGGUACGCGCCGGGUGCGUAUGUAAAAUGAUCAUACACACAUACGUAGAUGCCAGUCUAUAAUAUGUAUAACAAUUUUUAUUGCUGAUAUAUAUUCUAUAUUCACAUGAUAAAAAAUAUUAAAAAAUAAUCUAUGAACAAUUUGUCGCGUGUUGGUUUUUGUCCCGUUCGUGAUAUUGCGUCCACGUUGUUUCGUCGCAGCGUCUCACUGUCGCUGUUUUCAACUUCUCGCUCCUCCUGUUUUUUUUUUCGUGUCGCAAUCGGUAAAACCAAGCCUAUAGUGGACGCGUAUUUCAAAGAUGUUAUGACAUAAUCGAGAAUUCAAAGUUCUUUAAAAGUUUCAAAGUCGGGAUAACAAUAAUCUGUAAUUUUAUACAAAAUAAUGCUAUGUGUAUGUAUGUGGUGUUUAUGUGAAAGCGGUGCACCGAAUUGUUAAGUUAUGCGUUGCUUCCUCUUAAAUGUCUAAAUCGCGAUCAGUCUUCCUAAGUUUUUCUUUUGCCAUAAAACGUAACUGCAUCAAAUGAUAGUGACACUUCGCAGGACCCACGCACGUACAAUAGGCGAUGUAAUAUCGGCCCACCUCGACUGUAAACUGCGCUAUGUUACGUCAUUGUAAGAACAAGAAUUAGUGCGAAAUACAUCCAACACAUUACGGUCGAUGAAUUUUUUAACGUGAUAUAUAUUAUUUACAUAAAACCACUGUAUGCGACUGCGGUGAAUAUUUGCGCGUCUUUUUCACUUGGCUCCCCACCACAUUAGAUCUUAGAUAUAGAAAGGCUUAUGUACAUAAAGUCAAUAGAUAUUUAUACGAUAGCCUAUAUUAUAUCGCUUAUAAAAAGAAAAGACCAUAAAAUGUGUAUAUUUAUGCGAAAUAUUUCCAUCUCCGUUAAAAAAAGUCAUAUAUGUUUCGACAUAUAUACAUAUUUCCUGAAAAUAAAGGUAACUGCGUUUGAAGAAAGUGCAAUGAGACAAAUAGUUGGACAUAUAUAAAAUGCAUUUGUUUCUAACAGAAUUUUACAAGAGGGGGUUAAGCUCUAUUGUCGUGUAAAAUACAUAUUCAAAAUCAUUAUCAACAUAACGAAGAAAGGAAUUAUGCGACAUAUAUUGAGAUGGAUGCUCCAUGUCACAAAUGGACGCGUGUAGCAAUCGUCUCUUUAAAAUUAUAUAAUUACUUAUGACUUAAUUCUGUGAAAGAUAAACAUUAGCUUUAGUCACUUAAAUUACAGCUCAUUUACUUUUUGUACUAGAAAAUGAUUACAUCCACUUCGGCCAUUGACAUUAUCUGUGUAAGUCUUCCGCUUAAUCCCCUGCAUUUUUUAAAACUUUUGUGAUAAAAGCAACGUUAAGGUUUUUAGCAUAACCUUCCUUCCCGCGCGAGAAAAUAUAGAAAGAAGAUAUGUGAAGAUGGUAUCCUAUUCGUUGUAAUACUAAAAUAUGAGCAUUAUGUAGGAUCCUGUGUAUGUUACUCACAUAUAAUAUGUGUUAAAACGAUUAUAGUAAAACAAGCUUAAGGCAUGAAUUAUACGGAGACUUCGAGUAGAAAAUAAUUUAAUUUUAGAUGGAGAAAUUGUGGUCUAAAAUUAACUUCUCAAUCUAAAAUUAAAUUUGUAAUUUUAUAUUGAGCAAAUUAGUAAAUCCAUCUAAUUGAGGUAUAGCAGCAUUAAUUAUUUCAAUACAUUUCCACUUGUUUUCGUCAAAUCAGAUCUCCGUGUAAUACAGGCAUUAAAUAAUAUAUAUAUAUAUAUAUAUAUCUGGCUAAUAUUUCAUAUACAUAUAAAAAACUAUACAAUCCGUAGACGAUAAUUUUGUGUUAGCUGCCGACGGAAUUUAGUGUUCUUGUUUCAACAGUUAAUCUUCUGACAAUAAUACGCUUAAUUCUUUUUUUAAUAUCGUCGAUACUGUAAUAAAUCUGGCAGAUGCGAAAAUUACACUAGCUAGUUAAAAUUGUUAAAUGUGCAGAUUCCUUUAUCAUGAAGUUGAGAGACUUUAUAUUGUUUUUUUUUCGAAAUAUUUUUAAUUUAACCAAUUUGAUAGAACGCACUAGUGCAGAUCAAGGUCUGUUGUACAUUAAUUUAUCUAAAUAGAUAUAGUACAGGCGCCUUGAACAGUAAAAACGUCCUAUGUAGCUAUCAAUGAAAUCACCGAGCAUGAAUAUUAA